CGGAGGGACGCAGACCGUCCCGCGCUCAGCCCUUUUUCGCCCGCCCGGUCCGCGAGCCGUCCGAGAGCUGCCAUUUCCUCAGCCCCUGGGUCUUUGUCGCCGGCGUCGCUGCGAGAAUAUGGCGAAGCGGGUCUAAGAGGUCCCCGCGCUCGGUGCUGCAGAUCCGGACUGACUUGCUGGUUUCUCUCCUGCGUCCCCUGCAGCCAGCCGCGCACAGCCCACUCCGUCCCCGGGUGCGGAUCCGAUCAGGUGGAGGCAGUGAGGAAGGAGGACAGGGCCGGCGCAGUUCAGCUCCAAGGGAGAGCAGUCCUGUGCCACUGGAAGGAGUGUGGAGAGCCCUGUGGAACGUGCCUGGCGCCCACGGAAGAGCAGGAAAGAAUUGAUCCUCCGAGCCACUUCCUGAGACUGGUUCCUUUGCCUGCCUUGACCUGACUGCUCCCUCUGCCUUGGGCUGACCUUGAUAGCUGAAAAGGACAGUUAAGUUUCUGAGUCCUAGAGCAUGGCUGCUGCGGGAGCUGAAACAAAGGAAGUUGAAAAUCACCACGAUGACUGCUGCGUUCAACUUUUAAAUCCAAACUUAGCAACAAUGAAAGAAGAUGUUUUAUACCAUUUCAGUCUCAGCACCAGCACACACGAUUUCCCAGCUAUGUUUGGAGAUGUGAAGUUUGUGUGUGUUGGUGGAAGCCCCUCCCGCAUAAAAGCCUUCACCAGCUACGUGGCUCAGGAGCUUGGCCUUGAGCGACCAGGUGCGGACCAUCCCAACAUCUGUGCCGGAACUGACCGCUAUGCCAUGUAUAAAGUAGGACCGGUGCUGUGUGUCAGCCAUGGCAUGGGCAUCCCUUCCAUCGCGAUCAUGUUACAUGAGCUCAUCAAGCUGCUGUACCAUGCCAGGUGCUCCAAUGUCACCAUCAUCCGCAUCGGCACUUCUGGCGGUAUAGGUCUGGAGCCUGGCUCUGUGGUCAUCACGCAACAAGCAGUGGAUGCCUGCUUCAAGCCCGAAUUUGAGCAGAUUGUCCUGGGGAAGCGGAUCAUUCGGAGCACACAUCUCGAUGACCAGCUAGCACAGGAGUUGACACGGUGUUCCAAAGAGUUGGAUGAGUUCCCUACGGUUGUGGGGAACACAAUGUGCACCUUGGAUUUCUAUGAAGGUCAAGGCCGCCUGGAUGGUGCUGUCUGCACAUACACGGAAAAGGACAAGCAGGAGUACUUGAGGGCAGCCUAUGCUGCCGGCAUCCGGAACAUCGAGAUGGAAUCCUCAGUCUUUGCCGCUUUGUGCAGUGCUUGUGGCCUCCGAGCGGCCGUGGUGUGUGUCACCCUGCUCAACCGACUGGACGGAGACCAGAUCAACAGCCCACAUGAGGUGCUCAAGGAGUACCAGCAGCGGCCACAGAUACUGGUGGGCUAUUUCAUAAAGAAAUGCCUCAGGAAAGCCUGACGUCCUAGCCUGCCUGAUUCUCCAAAGACAAGCUGUUGCGCUAAUAAAAUAAUUGUCCAGAAUCUCCUUUUGUAUGAUUUCGAGCAUAUUUUAUAUAUAAGAAUUUGAUUGCAUUUCAGAGGCAAGGAGUCAUGUUUUAACUACAUUUAAGCUUCAUUAGAGUGUUUCCAACUACAUUAGCAUGAUCUAGGUUUUCUUCAAGAACAUUCCUCUGAAUAGUUGAAAUAGUCCUAGGGAAAAUUUUUAGACCUUUAAAUUCUUGUCAGAUUUAAUGUCACAAAACAAGAAAUCUGCUAAUAGCGUCAGAAAAUAUAUUUCCUGACAAAAUGUAUAUUUUAAAAAAUCUGUAUACCACUUAUAAUGAGACUGUGAAAAACCAAAGGAGCAGAUAUCAGGAGUUUAAAAAAUAAAUGCAAACAUAAAUAUGUAUAUAUAGUUUCCAAAUUAUAGUCAGCUAAAUUUGUGGAAACUUCUGCAUCACUAUUACACUAGGGUAGU